AUGGACCCCACGGUAUCUGUCUCACAAUGGAAGGGUGAGAAGCUGAAAAACAGCUCUCAUUGGCCAGCUUGGUACUCUGCGAUGAAGCAGUUUGCCAAGACUAGGAAAGUAUGGGAUUAUUGCAAUCCUGAGAAACCAGCCCCGGAAGUGCUGGAGGAGCCGCAGGCCCCCGCACGACCGCGGUUACAUAUCCCACGAGGGGCAACUACAGAGGUAGCCAAGACCCUAAGGGAAGAGUUUAAGGAUCGUCAGAUGGAGUAUAGCUACGACCAUGACGAUUACAAAGAGGAGCUCAAAAGGUAUGAGAAGGUGGAAAACGGCCUACAAUUAGUUGAGUUCGUGAUCACUGCGUCAACAGAUACUAAGCUACACCGUCUCAUGGAUGAUCUUGAGACUCCGUACGAGAAGAUUAGCUUUCUCAAGAAGCGCUUCUCACACACAAAGUCUCACCAGAAUGAAGUCCUGCUACGCUGGGCAGAAGGGUGCGUACGACCACCAAAGAAGGGUCAAAACGUACUAUCCUGGCUAGAAGAGUGGGAGCUGAUACGUGAUGAAGCGGUCAACCUAAAAGUGGAGAGUGACACUGCGCAGCAUCCGCAGCUGUUUUUACAUGCUGUAAAGGACAUCCUACCGGUCUGGUGGGAAGCUCGGUUCCAGGAUAUCGUACUAAGAAGUAAUACAAUCGAGAUAAACGAUCUGAUUGAGUCCUUCCGUACCUCCUAUACUAUGUCGUAUUCCGAGACUACCAAGAAGAAUACCAAUUCUAUAUCCAAAGCAGCAUUUGCCACAUCGACCUGGCAGGGUAAAGCAGAGGCUGAAACCUCUAGAACCGACAGAAAAGACGGGAAAACUGGACCAUUUCAGGACCGGAGCUACUGCCCUUGUGGCAUGAAACACCCGGUCACCCGGUGCUGGGUGUUGAAUGAAGACCAACGACCGGAUGGGUGGAUGGGCCUACGAAAGGCCUCCGAAGCGCUGAAGAAGUCAUUCAAAAAAGAACCAGAGUGGAAGGUCUGGGCCGAAAACCAGAUCAAGAACUCACCUGACUUGGCAGGAAAACCGUCUGGAUCAGCAAAUUUAGCCCACGUUGGCUUUGCCACAGUCGCCCUAUCAACUGAAGUUGAUACCAAGUACCGAGACCAAUGGGUAUUGGAUACCGGAGCAAGCGUACACGUAUGCAACGACCGGACCAAAUUUACCGAGUAUAAGGAAGACCCCUCGUAUCUCCGUACGGGUGACAAUCGGACCGCAAUUGCUGGAGUCGGUACAGCAACCUUCACCGGAAGGGAUCCUACAACUGGCAGACCGCGUGUGGUUAACCUGUAUAACUGCCGUUAUUCUCCAGAUUUUCACUGCAAUUUGGUUUCCUUAGGCAGGAUAGAGGACCAUGGAGGAUGGUGGGAUAUGAAGCAAGGAAGGAUUAUGAUUGGAGAUCAACCUAUUCUUGAGACCUACCGAGAACAUGAUAUUUAUCUGUUCUCACAGACGCGAGAUGAACGUACAGUCUUUCGGCCGAAAACAGAGGGUCGUACGACUACGAUCAAGACCCAAAACAACACCCAGCAUAAAACUGCACUUGCUACCCGACGAUCAGAGAAACCGUUGAAAUCUGGAGUUGAGGUUGUACGAAGCACGGAGGAUGGGGAAGAGCGACCGGAUGAUGAAAUUUGUACGGUCUGCAGCUUGGUCAACGCUCCACGACAGGUCUCGCGGAGACCGAUAGGCAAGCACUACGGACGGUGCGGGAGGGUCUACUUUGACCUAAUUCAGGUCAUUAUGGGAUAUAAUCAGCACUGCUGGAUAACCCAUUUCUACGUUGGGGGUAUCCGGUUCCACUGGUUAAUGACCCAUGUGAACAAAAACGGGUGCCAGCAAGCGAUCAGAAGCUUUAUCGCUUUCGCUAUUCGCUGGCUAAAUUUGCCGAUUAAGGUGUUCCACUCUGAUAACGAGAGAUCAGUUGAUGAGAGUAUUCUACUGCUAAUUAAGCAGCUGGGGUGUGUUCACACGUUUACAGACCCGUAUACGCCUGAGAUGAACGGUCCGGGUGAGCGUGCUGGAGGUGUGAUUAUCCUUAGAGCGAGAGCGCUUCUAAAGGAAGGAAAACUACCCGAUAAACUAUGGCCAGAAGCGGUAAAAGCGGCAGUAUACCUGCUGAACCGUACGCCUACGAGAUUGGAAGAUGGGACUUGGAUAGUUCCAUGGGAUGAAGCACGGCGCUUUAGUGGGUUCAACCAGGGUACCGAGGGUACUCCUGUCAAUACUCCCACAAAGACGUCGCUUGCGAAUAUCAAAUUGUAUGGAUCACUUGCAUACUGCAGGAUCCCCAAUAUCCCGAAACUUGACAAAAUGAAGUCACGAGCUGAGAUAGGAUAUCUCGUUGGCUACGUGGCCUCGAAUAUCUGGCAAAUCUGGAUACCGCACCGUGAGAACCAUGACCCGGAUGAAGGGGUGAAGCUACCAGUUCCAGAGGACUAUCCUCCCACAAUCAUGGAGGAAGGACUAGAGGUCGACUGUAUUCGACAGGGUCUCGACGAACAGACUGCUCGUACGAGUAUUGCCGAGAGUACCCCAGAAGGGAGCUCUCCGGGACGGUCCUAUAGAGCAAGAGAUGCGGAUGAUGUAGACGUCAUACAGGAUCAAGAAUCUGGAGGAUCUAGAGAACCACAGGAGACGACAAUACCACACUCGGGACAAGAUCAAGUUUUUGUGCACAAAACCCCAAUUGAUCAUACCCCACCACCGGAUUAUCCAGUUAGAAGCAAUUCUGCGGAAACUACCACUGAUCAAGGGGUGAGGGAUGAUCCUGAGCGUCUCGCUCAGGACCAUAAUCAAAUAGAUCAGACGCCUGUUUCGCCAGUAUCACUACGGGAACCGAGCCCGGAGGAUCAACUCCAGGACCAAUUACAGCUAUCCCUACAGGAGAGCGUUGAGCAAGAGGAUCGUACGACAUCGGCCAAGAACGACUUGGCAGGGUCAUUGCCUAAGGAUCAAGAUCGCGAUUGUGCAGCUGUGGAUACCAGCAAUAUCAUCCAGGGACCGAGGGUGCGAAUAUCGAGACGAGACCGAGACUACGCCUAUAACACCAUGUUUAUCGAUGACGACAACGGCGACGAUACCACAACAACCACUUUACAAGCGUUUGCUACCGGUCUAUGA